AUGCCGUCGGCCGACUCGCCACCCACAGCUUUCCAACGGCUAUCUGCCAUCCCAGCCUCCGCUCCAGGGUUGUACACCGCCAGCGACGUAAUCAAGAUCGUCGAGGUUGCGAAGAAGUACAUUCCGACUAAUGGAGAGAAGAUGGUCCGCGUGCCAGAGUACACUACGCCAGGUGGACCGAACAGCUACCACUGCAGCCGAGUGGAGCACGCCUGGACACAAGGCUUCUUCCCGGGCCUCCUUUGGCUGCUCAUCGAGCGCGAGCGUCUUUUGCCCGGAACACUCGCUGCGGCCGGGUACACUGUCGAGCAAGUACAGGACCUGGCGCGCCAGUACCAAGCGAGCUUUAGGCAUAUGGCACGUCACGCAGCCAACCAUGACCAAGGCUUUAGGUUCCAGACGUGUUAUGGGCGGGAUCUGGAGUUUACGGGCAGCGAGGAGGGGCGCGAGGUGUUGAUUGAAGCUGCCGAGUCGCUUGUGGACCGGUAUGACCCCAAGGUUGGAUGCAUUCGCUCCUGGAACUCGAUGAGGAAGGUCGGCAAGCCUGAUAUCUACCGUGUCGACAACCAGGACGAGCACUACUUGGUCAUUGUCGACAACAUGAUGAACCUCGACCUCCUCUACCAGGCCACCGAGCUCACUGGCGACAACCGUUACGCCGACAUUGCGACCACGCAGGCCGAGCGCAUGAUCCAGGGUUUCAUUCGUCCCGACGGCACCACGUACCAUGUCGUCGACUACGGCAAGGAUGGCUCGAGUAUGAACGGAAUGACCCACCAGGGCUACGCAGAUGAGUCCUGCUGGUCCCGUGGGCAGGCAUGGGGUAUCUACGGAUACGCCCAGUGUGCUUUGCGUACUGGACGCCCCGAGUUCAUUGCCACAUCCCGCAGGCUGGCUGACGCUUUCUUGGAGCGUCUUCCUGAAAGUGGUGUUCCAUGGUGGGACUUCAACGCGCCAAAGCCAUGCCCAUACGACGCAUCUGCAGGCAUGAUUGCCGCCCGAGGCCUCCAGAUGCUCUACACCCUCCUUCGCUCUACCGAGACCGGCGCCGCCGAACGAUACCUGCAAGCCGGGUUCAAACUCUCCGACGACACCAUUCGGGAGUGUGCUACUCCGGCAGCGUCCAUCUCGCCCAAGGGAGUGGCAGACUGGGGUCACGGUGACUGGGAGACGAUCCUCAAGCACUCUACGAUCAACGGCAACGAGCAUGCGACGCACCGGCUUAUGGACCACGGACUGGUCUAUGCCGAUUAUUACUUUGUCGAGUUUGCCAAUGAGGCACUCAAGCUCAAGAAGGCAGCGGCCAAGGCUUGA